GUUAGAGUUCAAAUUACAUUAAAAUAAGAAAGACAUUGUCCUAAUGUUAUAUGUAUGCAUUCUUCUUAUUUGUAAAUAAAUUUUGUUCUUUAUUCGUGCCAUGUAUUGUACAGUUUGCAUGUUGUAUAAUUAUUCAUUUUUUUUCCCAAAAUAUUUCUCCUUUCAUAAUUUAAUUUUUCUCUUCUCCCUUUUAUUUUUUAAUUUUUCUUCCAUUUUCUAAUAUAAUUAUUCAAUCCACCAACACAAUUGACAACACCUCGAAAGUACGUAUAUACAAUAUAUAUAAUCAUCAUACGUAAUCAUACGUACGUUUCUACUUUAAAUUUCAUAUUUAAAUUCCGUAUAUUUAUAUUUAUUGGCAAUGAUUCUCAAAAAAAAGUUUUAUAUUGUAUUAAUAAUAAUAAAUAACAAUGAUAAAUGAUGCAAGGAGGCUAUUUUCUUUCACAAAAAAUUGUUUGACAUAAAAUAGAAAAUAAGGUUAGAUUUUUGGAUAGAAUCUCGAACGAAAUCCACAUGAUUUUUCUUCAGACGAUAAGAUUGAAAUUUCUAAUAUCAUCGUUCAAAUUUUAGGUUCUCACAAUCCAUCGGGAUAUCGUAAUGACUUUUUAGAUGAUUUGGAUUAUAUAUACGAUCGAGCAAUCGAGGACGACUUCGAGGAUGAUUUCGUUACCAGCCAGCGACGUUACAAGGAACGAGCCUCCGCUGCAUUCGCAGAAGACAUGGCCGAAUUGAGGCGCAAACGAAGGGACAUACAGGAUCGUAUAUUCGAUGUGAUCGAUUUGAAUGCAGAAAUCGAGAAAGCGAGAAAUACUCUUGAACAGGCGGAUAUCAUUUUCCAGCGGCACGCAACGAAAUUUGAUAAUACAGAGAACUAUGAUGACAUGAGAUUAAAAAAAUUCCCCAAUUUGGAGGCUUUAUCAGAGAAACCAGCGCCGAAAACCAUAAAAUUUGUGAAAAUGCCUAAUGUGAAUAUAGAACCGUGUGUGCCUAUAAAACCAAGACAAGAGAAGAUUAAUAAUAAUUUGUCAAUAGAACCAAGUGAGAUCGCGGAUCCUUUAAAUACCGUUACAUUGUUGCCAUUGAAAAGAAAAUUUUCGAAUAAAAAGAAAAGCGUCUCGUUUUAAAAAGAAAUUAUCCAGUAAAUAUUUUAAGAUAUUGUUGUAUGAUAAAAAGAAUAUAAAAAUGUACCCACCGCAUCAUUUAAUAUCGUUAUUUCAAUAAAACAUAAUACAGAAAAUAUUUCUUCCUGGUGUUUACAAUUUUUACUAUCUGGUUCAACUAUCCAACUAAUCUACAGUGAUAUAUUUAAUUUAUUAUUUUCCCUCCUGUCUCGUCUCGGUUUAUACUAAUACACGAUAUGCUGUGCUUGAAACUGCUAUGCGAACAUAGAUGAAAGGAGAUAUUAAUAUUGAACGGAGAAGUGUUACUUAACGAUAUAGUCUAUUUACUUAAACAAUACAGUCUUUGAGUACAAGAAUUUAAAACAAAAAUUUGAACUUUCUAUGAAAUUGAACAUGAAUAUAUAUAUUUAAAGAACAGAAAUAAGAAAUAUGUAUUGUAUUUCUAUUUAAAAAAA